UGAGGUCGAGUGAGAACCAAAACAAACCAGAAGAAAAUUGCAUGAAUUACGUAAUAAUCUUCCAAAUUCCUCCUGCAACUGGAGGGUUACUCGGUAAAGAACCUUCGACGACAUGUUAGCUUUGUUUAGACGUACAUGUAACGUGGGAAGUACAGGUUUACAUGUAGAUCUGUCACGCCAUGUUGUGUCUUACGUGCAGGGUCAAUCGCCUUCUCCUAAAGUACGAGAGUACUUUUAUUACAUUGAUCAUCAAGGACAGCUGUUCCUCGAUGAUACUAAAGUGAAAAACUUUAUUACAUGUUUCAAAGACAAGCAGUUUCUCAAGUUCUUCUUCAAGAGAUUGAAACAAAAUAACACCACAAAGUACAAGGAGGACUUCCCAUUUAUUUCCCCAUGUGGUCAGGAAAUGAACUAUAUUCGCUGUGAUGACUUGCCAGUUGUUUUCUCCACAAUUAUUGAAGAUUCUGACAACACCAGUAAGUCACCAGGACUGUUGACUUUCAGUGGAAUCGGAGACACUUUAACUUUUCCAUUUCAACCAGAAAAGGUGUGCAUGUUGCCAGAGAGUGGAAGAAUUUAUCACCCAGGUCCAGAGAAAGUGGGUGGGGCUGCACUGAUUAAAUCCAGUCUAGCUAUUGAAUUGAGUCCAUACUUUGAAUACAGAAAAGGAGUCCAGGAGAAUGAUCCACCAACUCAUUUCAAUUGGAAAGGAGUUUGUUACGAGCUGGACAAUUCAAUGUGGAAGUGUCUUAGGUCAUCUGAAGUAGAAGAACUGAUGAAAAGAAAGUCUUAAUAUUAUAAUGUAUUUUAUUGUAAAUGAAUCAGUACAUUUCUUUAUCUCUAAUGAUGAUUCAUUUUAAGGUGGCCAGGAUGUUUGAUGUGACAGUUCAAUCUCAAUGAAGUGAAAUAAACAUUAAUAAAAUAUAAAAAUUAACAAAUCAAAGAAAGGUCAGACAAUGCCAUUUCUCCUCUGGAGAGGUAACCUUGAGUAAAACAAAAAAGAGAGAGAGAGAGAGAGAAAAAUCGAACUCAGGGAAAUUCUUUGUUUGAUAAAGAGGGAGAAUGCCAGAAAGGCAGUUAUCUGAACACUUAGGCAUUGGGCUUUUGACUUUGUCUGACAGAAGAAAGGUAUACAAAACCUCAAAACAUCUUUGGAUAUUUUAAAAGUCUUGCAGAGUCCUUGAGGUUUCAAAGAUCUAUUUAACUGUGGCCUUUACGCUUAU